AGAGAGCAAGCAGGAAAGGAGAAGUUCUUGGGAAGCCCUCCGAGCCUGCGAAGGCAGCGCCGGGCCGACAGAGCUGAGGGCUUCGGUGGUUUGGAGAUCCCUGGGAUCGAGUUGGGGACAUUCAUGACAAGCUCUGCGAGGAGAGGACGUGCGCGCUGGCUGUGCCCGAGCCUUGGCACCUGUGAGAGCCCAUCCAAGUGGUCACCUCAAGCCCUGCGGCCGCAGGAGGACCUCUCCGGGAUUCGGCGGUGGUGACCCCAUCUGUGCGAGGUAAAAUAUCAAGAGAACAUGGCUCACCUGGGUGAAUGUAAAUGGACUCACGUGUUCCCUUUUCUGGUGGUUUCCCUGGUGUACUCCGCGAGCGCUGAAUACUCCAACUGCGGCGAGAACGAAUACUACAACCAAACCACCGGCAUGUGCCAUGACUGCCCCAAGUGCGAGCCGGGUGAAGAGCCGUACAUGACCUGUGGAUAUGGCACCAAAGAUGAGGACUAUGGCUGCAUUCCCUGCCCAUCAGAGAAGUUUUCCAGAGGAGGUUACCAGAUAUGCAGACGGCACAAAGACUGUGAGGGAUUUUUUCGAGCCACAGUCCUGACACCAGGCGAUCAGGAGAAUGAUGCAGAGUGUGGACCUUGUCUCCCAGGUUACUACAUGCUGGAAAACAGACCUCGAAAUAUAUACGGGAUGGUUUGCUACUCGUGCUUGUUGGCGCCUCCUAACACCAAAGAAUGUGCAGGGGCUACCUCUGGCAUUUCGGCCAUUUUCCCAAGCACAUCUGGCACAAGUACUUUUUCACCUUACCAGCAUGCUCACAAAGCAGACCUUUCAGGACAAGGACAUCUGGCUACAGCUCUUAUAAUUGCAAUGUCUACUAUAUUCAUAAUGGCUAUUGCCAUUGUCCUCAUCAUCAUGUUUUACAUUGUGAAAACAAAACCUUCUGCUCAAGCCUGUUGCAAGAGCCACUCAGUAAAAAAUGUUGAAGCUCAGGCUAAUACACAAGAAGAGAAGAAAGAAGUGCAAGAUAAUGUUGUUAUAUUCUCUGAGAAAGAAGAGUUUGAAAAGCUUACAGCCACUCCAGCUAAAGCUGCUAAAAGUGAAAAUGAUGCAUCUUCUGAGAAUGAACGACUUUUAAGUCGUAGCAUGGAUAGUGAUGAAGAAGCUGCAGUUGACAAGCAAGGGACUCCAGAGAGAUGCUUGUUAUCUUUAGUGCAUUUGGCCAGAGAUAAAUCUUCUACAAACAAUAAAUCGACUGGGAUUCAAAGUCGAAGGAAAAAGAUACUUGACGUGUACGCUAACGUAUGCGACGUUGCAGAAGGUCUGAGCCCCACGGAGCUGCCAUUUGACUGCCUGGAGAAGACGAGCCGCAUGCUCAGCUCAACAUACAACACAGAGAAAGCCAUAGUGAAAACGUGGCGCCACCUCGCCGAGAGCUUUGGACUGAAGCGAGACGAAAUAGGUGGCAUGACAGAUGGCAUGCAGCUAUUCGAUCGCAUCAGCACGGCGGGUUACAGCAUCCCAGAACUGCUAACCAAACUGGUGCAAAUCGAGCGGCUGGAUGCUGUCGAGUCCUUGUGUGCAGAUAUCCUGGAGUGGGCGCAAGCAAUGCCUGCUCCCGAACCAGCAGUGACAUCCUGACGUGCCUGUGCUCCCACAUCACCUGCGAGAGCAAUGAUUCCAGCAAGCAGCACGCCAAAGACUUUGGACAAGAGACCCUUGACGUUUCUUCUGUGUAGUCACUCCCCAUACCAACGGGAAGCUUUUCUCUUUUACUUCUGAAAAGGGAAGUUACACGUCUACCAAAAUGAGAGCAGAAAUCUCCCAGGAAGCUUGGUAUGAAACGUCAUUAAAACAAAAUGAUUACGUUAAUCAGUUACUGGUAAUAAGUGGACAGAAACGGAUCCAUUUUUCAGUCUUAUGUUUGAGUAUAUGUGCUGGUAACCCUGUCACUACCCUUCCUGCCUGGCUUUCAAGCCACUGGAUUGUUAUCUGAAGGUAUUCCUAUCUCUUGGAGCUUUGUUCAACCAUUUAAUUGUUGCAGUCAACAGCACCACUGCUACACUAUCAAUUAAUACACAUUAGGCACCUCCAGUUCUAUCGGCUCGAACACAUUUAAUAUGUAACCAGUUUUGUUUUCUGCAUUUCCUAUGGAUUUGUUGAAUCUAGAAGUACGUGCAUAGGUGUACAUACACGAUCUCCAGAUUAAAUAAUUAUACUAUAUGAAAAAAGCCCCAGCGUAAUUUGCAGAUGGAAGUGCUUCAAAAUGCUGUACAUAAUGCAUGUAAACGCACUCUUGGUCCAUACUAACAUUUCAAAAAUUGUAAAUUCAAACUGCAAGUCUGCUUAGGGCAAGCUGGUUAGCAAGAAGGCAGUGAAGUUGGCAGUCACUCCUUGCAAGUGGAGAGGAGAGCAACAAGAUUUUCUCUUCCUUGCUGUUUAAAA